CAAAGAUGGCGGUACGGAAGAAAGACGGCGGCCCGAAUGUAAAAUAUUUCGAAGCGUCUGAUACCGUCUCGCAGUUCGACAAUGUCCGGGUUUGGCUGGGCAAGAAUUAUAAAAAGUAUAUUCAAGCCGAGCCCCCCACCAAUAAAUCUUUGUCGAGUCUGGUGGUUCAACUGCUUCAGUUUCAGGAGGAAGUAUUUGGCCGACAUGUCAGCAACCCUCCUCUCACUAAACUACCGAUGAAGUGCUUUUUGGAUUUCAAAGCUGGAGGAGCUCUGUGCCAAAUUCUAGCUGCUGCCUACAAGUUCAAGAGUGAUCAAGGAUGGAGGAGAUUUGACUUCCAGAACCCUUCGAGAAUGGACCGCAAUGUUGAAAUGUUCAUGACUAUAGAAAAGUCUUUGGUACAGAAUAACUGUUUGGCCAGACCUGUGAUUUACUUGAGUUCAGAGAUAGAGCCCAAACUACUGGGAAAACUGAAGGACAUCAUCAAACGACACCAGGGCUCUGUGACCGAAGAUAAGCUUUCCAGCUCCCAUGUAGUUGUGCCUAUUCCUGCCAGUCUGGAGGAUGAAGAGUGGGUCCGUCCUGUAAUGAAGAGAGACAAACAAAUGCUGCUACAUUGGGGCUACUGGCCUGAUAGUUAUGACACAUGGAUCUCAGCCAGUGAGGUAGAGGCUGCUGUGGAGGAUCCACCCACUGCUGAAAAACCCAGGAAGGUCCAUGCAAAGUGGAUUCUGGACCUGGAUCAGUUUAAUGAGUGGAUGAAUGAGGAAGACUAUGAGGUGGGAGAGGGAGGGCCGAGGAGGAAGAGGAUUUCAGCAAAGACACUUACAGAUGAAGUAAGCGUUCCUGAUGAAAGGAGGGAUAAAAAACCCAGCGGUGCCAAAAAGAGGAAACGCUCCCCUUCUCCGUCCCCUACCCCUCCACCACAGGAGAGCAAGAAGAAAAACACCAAGAAAGGACCCACUACUCCCUACACUAAAUCCAAACGAGGACAGAGAGAAGAAGAGCAGGAAGAUCUGACUAAAGAGUUGGAUGAACCCUCACCUGUGCCUGCAGUGGAGGAAGCUACACUACCUAAAACAGUGACUAAGAAGGACUCAGAUUCUACUCCAGUGAAAGGAGGCACUAUGACUGACCUUGAUGAACAAGAGGACGAAUCAAUGGAGACUGUUGGAAAGGAGGAAGAAGAAGGAUCCCCGAGUGUGAAAGGAGAACCAGUGAAGGGCUCAGACCUUCAUGAAGAUAAUGUCACUGAACAGACCCAUCAUAUCAUUAUCCCUAGUUAUGCUGCUUGGUUCGACUAUAACAGUGUCCAUGCUAUAGAGCGCAGAGCACUGCCUGAGUUUUUCAAUGGGAAGAACAAGUCGAAGACUCCAGAAAUCUAUCUGGCGUAUCGCAACUUCAUGAUCGACACAUACAGACUGAACCCACAGGAGUAUUUGACCUCCACAGCUUGCCGUAGGAACCUCGCUGGAGACGUUUGUGCAAUUAUGAGAGUCCAUGCUUUUCUGGAGCAGUGGGGCCUGAUUAAUUAUCAGGUGGAUUCAGAGAGUCGACCCACUCCUAUGGGACCUCCACCCACUUCACACUUUCACGUUCUAGCAGAUACUCCAUCAAGUCUGGUGCCACUACAGCCGAAAGCAACUCAGACUUCAUCCUCUCAGCAGAUGCUUUCAUUCCCAGAGAAAGUGAAGGACAAACCAGCCGACUUGCAGAACUUUGGGUUGAGGACAGAUGUGUACAGUAAGAAGAGCGGCCCAGCUAAGAAUAAAAAUGCUGCCAGUGCCACUCGGGAAUGGACGGACCAGGAGACGCUGCUACUGCUGGAGGGUCUAGAGAUGUAUAAAGAUGACUGGAAUAAAGUAUCGGAGCACGUGGGCAGCCGCACACAGGAUGAGUGCAUCCUCCACUUCCUGCGUCUGCCGAUUGAAGACCCUUACCUGGAGGACAGCUCCGCGUCUCUGGGUCCACUUGCCUAUCAGCCUGUCCCAUUCAGUCAGGCGGGAAACCCUGUGAUGAGCACUGUGGCCUUCCUGGCCUCUGUGGUCGACCCUCGAGUGGCGUCCGCUGCAGCUAAAUCUGCACUCGAGGAGUUCUCUCGAAUGAAGGAGGAGGUUCCAGCUGCGUUGGUGGAGGCUCAUGUGCGUCGGGUGGAGGAAGCGGCCCGGGCCAGCGGAAGGCAAGAUCCUCUGUACGGUCUGGAGGGCAGUGGCAUCGCAGGAACUGGCCUGGAAGAUUCUGACAAACCCUCUGAGGAUGGAGGUGAAGAGAGUAAGAGCAGUGACGGUCAGCCCAGUCAAGAGAAGAGAGACAGUAAGGAGAGUAAAGAUGGAGCCAGUGAAGAAGAAGAAAAACAAGGAGAAAACGGCAAGAAGGAUGAAGAGAGAGCGAGAGAAGUGGAGACGGAGAGGGAAACAGAGAAAACAGACUCAGAAAUGGCUGAUAGCGAGAAGGAGAAAGAGCGGAAGGAGGGAUCAGAAGAGGCUCAGCGGGAUGGAGAGACUGAAGGAGAGAAGAAAGCCAAGGUGGAGAGAGAUGUAGGAGAGGGAAACCUGGCCACCGCAGCUGCUUCUGCACUCGCCGCUGCCGCCGUAAAAGCUAAGCACUUGGCUGCGGUGGAGGAGAGGAAGAUCAAGUCUCUGGUGGCUUUGCUGGUGGAGACCCAGAUGAAGAAACUGGAGAUCAAACUCAGACACUUUGAAGAGCUGGAAACCAUCAUGGACAGAGAAAGAGAAGCCCUGGAGUACCAGAGGCAGCAGCUUCUUGCGGACCGUCAGUCGUUUCAUAUGGAGCAGCUGAAGUAUGCCGAGAUGAGAGCCCGACAACAGCACUUCCAGCAGAUCCAGCACCAGCAUCACAGUAAUCAGCCUGGCAGUCAGUCUGCCACUGCUCCACCUGUACCCCACCAGCCUGUCGCCACAGCCUCAGCUCCGCCCCCAACACCAAGCCCCGCCCCCCUGACUGCCACCAAUGCCCACAGUGAAGCUCCUCCUCCACCUGCUGCUCACAGUUCGCCUCCUACCAACACACAGGCUGGAGCAGCACACGAUUCCAGCUCCACUCCACUAGCAGGGGAUUCUCUGUAUCCAACGGCCCCUGUGCCUCCAUCACAGUAAAACAGAGAGUAAGAUUAAAAAGUGAAUCAAAGAUUCCAGAGAAGAAAAUGAAGGAGACGAGUUAGAAAGUAAAAGAUCAAUAGAGAGAAAGGGAGCGAUAUCUUUUUUUUUUUUGUCACUUUCAUCAUUUUUGGGAGAAAAUGAUAUAAAUGAAUACUUGCCAGCAUCUUGAACAUCAAAAAUAAAUAGCUAAAGCUAAACAGAUAUCCUUGAAACUGAAAAAAAGAUCUUCGGUUUGGACUUUUGGAAAGGUCUUAAACUCAAACACCCAACAAAAAGCACUCCAGACCCCGACAGCAUCCAAGUACAAGACUCAAUAUAUCCUUGUCCGUCCUGUUUUCAGUAACAGCGCUUAACUACAGGAUCCAAAGUACCCAUGAUCUGCACUCCAGAAACAUCUCAAUGUAUUUUAGGUACUUUGCAAAAGAAAACCAAGAACAAAUUGCACUUUUCCCGAAUCUUACUUUUUGGAAAAACGACAUAGCUCUGACUUAAUGUUUGCUUUUAUCAGUGUUCUUUUUAAUCACUCAAUCUUUGUAUUUGUUUCAUAGAAGCACUCGAUUUGGAGUAAGUCCGGAGGAAAAAAAAACUUGACUUUGUAAUCGUUACUUUGUAUGUGUGCGUGUGAAUGUCGGUUUUGCUUUUCGGGACAAUGUGAAAGCUUCAGUGGUUUGGCCUGUUUUUUUUAAACGUACAAUUAGAUUUUAGCAUGAGAAAACAAAAAGACAAAUAAGUAUUAAGUCUGUUUACUUUGUAUGAGGCGUCUCUGACAACAUGUACUGUAAAACCUGGAAAUCAUGUCAUCAAUAAUUGAUGUCUGCAUGUUAUUUUUUGGGUACGUGUGCACGUCAUCUGACACAAAAUAUGGUAAGUUACUCCACGUUUCAAACAGGUGAAAGUAGAUUCAUUCUCAUCUCAUUGCCGUGCGUAUGAAAUAUUUAAUAAUAGUAGUGACAAUGGAGAAAAAUACAUAAUGGGAGAUGCUGUAGGGAAUCAUAUUGGUUCCUUUCUCUGACCACGACGCAGUUACGUUAAUCGUUUUAUUACCAAGUUCAUAUCAUACAUUAUAGUAUACAGUAUUCAUGCCAGAACUGAUGUUUCAGUUCAGAUUGUUAAAGAAUGUGUUGUGUGUGAGUGUUUUAGUAUCAGGCCAAACCCACCGAAAGUAUUUACGACAUGAAGGAAAACCGUCUGUUUUGUUACAAAUAAGUGGCAACUACCUGAUGAGUAGAAACACAAGGGAUUUUAAAGUAACGUUUGCAGCUGUGGUCUGUGUAUCUCAUAUCUUCAUAUUGUAAUCGUCCUAUUUUUGUAUUUUUAUAUGUUUCUUUACACUAUUACGAAACGACGUAAUGCUGUUAUCAUAUUAUACAUGUCUGUAAUGUUUCCUUCUCUUUCUGAUUGUGUAUGUUGUCGUAUUAUUGACAUGUUCAUGUGAAAGUGUCAUUCUCUUUAUACGAUGAAGCUGGACUGUGGGUGUGUGUGUGUGUGUGUGGUGUACAUGAACUCUAUGAUUUUUUUAUCAUUUUGUACGUAUUUUGUUUUUUCUUUGUUAUAUUUACAUGUCAUAUUUACAAAUGCUCGUAGUGAUGGAUGUAAAAAUCUGCCAAUAUGAGAAUCACUAAACACGCAUACAUACACUCCCAUUGUUUACAUGUAUGUGAAUGCGCAGGUAUGCAGUAGUCCAACAUACAGAAUAACUGACAGAACGGAUUCGUAUCGACCUCAAAAGUUUUGCACGCCUCAUAACCAGUGUUGAAACUGUCAUUUUUGAUCAAACUGCUCAGCUCUUUGGUCUUUUACAUUGUAGUGGUAUAGUUGUUGUUUUUGAUUUUUUUUUACAUUUUGUUUUUACUUUUUUUAUGGUGAAAGCUGGUAACCAUUGCAUUGAGAUGUGUGUGAAUGUUUGGCGGCGUUUGGUUCAUCCUUUAAGGAGAUGUAGCAGGAGCUGUCCAGCACCUGUUUUGACUGAGAAUGGAUUCAUUUUUGGUUUAAAAAUACUGAACGGUUCUGCACAAUAAAAGGCAUCAUCAGUGAUAC